UUGACGAAAAUGGCCGACUCGCUGGGAAAAUAUGGGUUAUUCAUCGAUGAUUUGAGCAAGAUACGGGUACUGGAGCCAGAAAUAUCGAAUCAAACAAAUAAAUUGAAAGAGGAGUGUCAGAAUUUUGUUUCCAAAAUAACAGAGUUCCAAAAGAGUUCCGACGACUUCAUUCAGAUCGUCGACAAUUUGGCGAAUGAAGUCGAAAAAGAAAAGAUGCGGACUAUAGGGGCGCGUAACUUGUUGCGCUCAGUCGCUAAACAGAGAGAUGCACAGAGACAGCAAAUUCAGGCUCUUAUAAUUGAAAAGUCAACGGAACUGGAGCGGCUACGGGUGCAGUACGAUUCAUUGAAAAAAAUCGAACUGGAACAAUUAGAAACUAUAGAGCAAUUGACCGCGAAUUGAUGUUAAAAUUUUUUAUCGGCAUUAUUCAUAUUUAUCUUCUAUUUCCUUUAUGCAUAUUCUUUAUUCCGUGUGACUUUUUCAAUGAGGAUUGUAGCAUACAAUUAUAAACACUGUUAUCAGCUGGUGUAUACAAUAUUAUGAUGGUGUAAUUAAUGAAAAAUACAAGAGGGUGGUAUUUGGGCUGAGCAUAUAGAUAAAUUACAGUAAUUACACAACGAAGAGAAACGGAAUUAAGAUCCAAAACAAUGAAUAAUAAUAGAUAGAAUAAUUGACGAGUUUUUUUUUUCUCCCAAAAUUACAUAAAUCAUGUGUGAUGUAAUUAUUUUUAAAGGAAAAACUCAUAGCGAGAUGUGUAUGCCGUGCGUGUGUAUACAUAUACAUUGCUGUAUAUAUACAUACGUACGGACUACAUAAAAUUAUAACAUAAUAAUUAAACACGGAAAUAAACGGGCUUUGGGUUACUGGCUCUAUUUAACCUAUCUGUAUACUGCACCACAUAUAAUUUGAAAAGGCACACGUUCAAGGAUCGCCUUCCCUCUCUUAACUGUUCAAUAUUACUCGUUAUUGAGCAUUUCUUCAUUAUUACAUACACGGUCAAAUUUAAUACUUCAAUCCGUAUUUAAUUUUUGACAUUUAAGAUUAACAACAGGCGAUUCUCUUUUAUCUAUUUUUUUUUUCAUUUGUUUGUAGUUUACAGUAGAUGCCAUGAACCGCAAUUUAUUCGAUGAUCGAGUGGAUUGUUAAACAUCGUUCAUAUUUCGCUUCAAAGCGAAGAACAGAAAAAAAAUUGUAUUUUACGUCAACAACUUAGACCUAUUAAGAUUGGAUCAUUAUCAUCAUCAUCAUCAACGUUUGUAGAUAAAAAAAAUGUACAUAACGUAUAUUUUUUCAUUCUCUUAUAACAAUAAAGUUACUUUAAAAGAGAAAAAUAAUCAUGAAGAUUUACUGCAAACAGUAUUCAUUCAUUACUACCAGCACUGAACUUAAUUCAUGUAGACACGUAGUCAAGGGCAAUUAUAUUAAUGAUAAGAAUGAUAAUUAUAAUAAGAAUAAUAAUAAUGAGAAAUAGAUUAAACUAGAUAACAUUAUAGUCACGCAACCAUCCAUACAACCAUAUAGUAACCAGGAAUUCAAAAAUAAACUUUAUUUAGUAAAAAUAAGAAAUGGUGUCGUAUUGAAUUACAAAUAUUAUUAUUAAUCCUACAUCCUAGAUUUAUAAAUAUGUACAGUUACAUACCUAUUACACCUGUAACCUAGAAGAACUCUCAGUUGAGUACACAUCAUAAGAGUAGAUUGGAGCAGAUAGGAGAAUCUAAUUCCAUUUCCUCUCGUUAAGUUUGCCACAUCUUUUUCACACAACGGUUUGCGAUAAUCAAAUGUUCCAUGCACGCAUCAUAUACAUUAAUAUGCCGCGACACUGAAGCUAUAACAUAUUAUGUUGUUUUCUGAUCCUCAAAUACCCAUUAAACUCGAAAGGCAACAGAUUUAUUUAACGAUG